UAUCCAAUUCACGAUUUACAGAAAUGUUAUAUAGAAAUGAAAGGUAAAUGAAAAUGAUAAUUGUAAGCAUAAUAGAAAUUACUGUGAACUGACAUUUCAAACGAUCGAAUAAUCUGACCUCAGUUGACCCUACCUCAGUUAUGAAUCAACGUGUGUCUUCUCUGUCAUUAAAUACUAUUAAGUUCCUGACUAUAUAUAUCUUCCCAUAUGGUCUAGCGGUUAGGAUUCCUGGUUUUCACCCAGGCGGCCCGGGUUCGACUCCCGGUAUGGGAACAACUGUUUUAUUUUUCAUGUACAUGUAGAAAAAAAUUUCAUUUACAGAAAAUAAUUAAAUAUUAACAAAAAGCAUAGACAACGCUCAACAGACUCCUAAUUGUGUUUGUUUUAGUAUUAGGCAAAGGUAAAUCGAAGAAAGAGUAAUUUCAUAUUUUGCCAACUAAUAUUACACAAAGCUUGCAGCGAUUGAUGAAGAAAAAGUCAACAACAGAUAUUGAAAUAUAUUUAUAUAUAUCCGAAUGUGACGAAUAUAAAAAAUAUGGACUGUAUUUACACUGUUGUUGCUGGGAGAAAAACUGUCUGCGUCAUCACUGAUGGCCGAGUCAAACAGGACGUGUGAAAUCUGCGACGGACCUCCCCGAGUCCCGACUUUGCUCUGAGGUUGAGCCGAGCGGCUUUUGCCGGUUGAGAUAAUCGGGUUCCUCUUCAGCUCGGUGCCGAAGCUCCGGGGCUGUCUGUAUGAACGACACUAUGGCCGCGUCCUCACACCGGAUAACACUGGGGCCGUUGGUUGCAGCCAUCGACCAGGGGACGAGCUCCACUCGAUUUCUGGUGUUCAAUUCAAAGACAGCAGAGCUCCUCAGCCAUCAUCAGGUGGAAAUCAAACAGAGCUUUCCCAAAGAAGGAUGGGUGGAGGAGGACCCCAAAGAAAUUCUGCAGUCGGUGUACGAGUGCAUGGAGCGGACGUGCGAAAAGCUCACUCUGCUCAACAUAGACAUCUCAAAUAUCAAAGCUAUUGGAGUGACCAACCAAAGAGAGACCACGCUUGUCUGGGACAAAGAGACAGGUGAACCCCUCUACAAUGCAAUCGUUUGGCUGGACCUGCGGACUCAAUCGACAGUUGAACGUCUUAUUAAUAAAACCCCCGGGAGGAAUAAGAACCAUUUGAAGCAUAAAACGGGGCUCCCCAUCAGCACCUACUUCAGUGCAGUGAAACUCCGCUGGCUGAUGGACAACGUGGAAGAGGUCCGCGACGCCGUCGUGUCUCACCGCGCCAUGUUUGGCACCGUGGACUCCUGGCUCAUUUGGUGUUUGACUGGGGGCAAGUCGGGUGGAGUCCACUGCACAGAUGUGACCAACGCCAGCAGAACCAUGCUGUUUAACAUUCACACUUUGGACUGGGACCCAGAACUUUGCAAAUAUUUUGGUAUUCCCAUGGAGAUCUUGCCCAGAGUGAGGAGUUCCUCAGAAAUAUACGGCCUCAUGAAAAUAUGUUCUAGCCGGAAAUCUGGAGCUCUAUCAGGUAUUCCCAUUUCAGGGUGUCUUGGCGACCAGUCAGCGGCUCUGGUUGGACAGAUGUGUUUUCAGGACGGCCAAGCUAAAAACACGUACGGAACUGGCUGCUUUCUCCUGCUUAACACUGGAGCCAAGCCUGUGAUAUCUGACCACGGUCUUCUGACCACUGUGGCGUACAAACUUGGUCGGGACAAACCUGCCUGCUAUGCACUAGAGGGCUCUGUAGCCAUCGCGGGAGCUGUGGUUCGUUGGCUGCAGGACAAUCUGGGGAUCAUCGGAUCGUCUGAGGAGCUUGAGAAGUUGGCUGCAUCAGUCGGCACAUCCUACGGUUGCUACUUUGUGCCCGCCUUUUCGGGUCUGUACGCACCGUACUGGGAGCCCAGUGCAAGAGGGAUCAUAUGUGGGUUAACUCAGUUUACCAAUAAGAGUCACCUCGCGUUCGCUGCACUGGAAGCAGUCUGUUUCCAGACCCGAGAGAUACUGGACUCCAUGAAUCAGGACAGCGGCAUCCCGCUGACUCAGCUCCAGGUCGACGGAGGAAUGACAUCCAACAGACUGCUGAUGCAGCUGCAGGCCGACAUUCUCUGCAUCCCUGUUGUGAAGCCGUCCAUGCCCGAGACCACGGCGCUCGGCGCGGCGAUGGCAGCCGGAGCAGCGGAGGGGGUGAGCGUGUGGAGUCUGAGCCCGGAGGACCUGAGCGAAGUCACGUCAGAGAAGUUCGAGCCUCAGAUCAACCCUGAAGAGAGUGAGUUGAGGUAUGCGCGGUGGAAGAAGGCGGUUCAGAGAUCUAUGAACUGGGAGACGAUGGAACCUGUUGGAAGUGAAAACGGUGAAACUAGCAUCUUCAGCAGCGUCCCCCUGGGCUUCUACAUCAUGGGCAGCAUGUUGAUGUUAAUCGGAGCAAAAUUCCUUGCAGGUCAGUGUCCACCUCAGCCACAACUAGGCUCCGACUUGUGGUGGGGGGAAAAACUAAAAAACGCUCUUGGUGCUUCACCACCACUUCCAACUACCAUUCCAGAAGAAGGUCGCUCUUGCUGAAUCUCACCACCGACUGGUACGACAACAAUUAGGAAAUGACAUGGGAUCGUGGGACUAUUUUUCGCAUCGUUUUAAAUUCAGACUUAUCAUUCUGCAUACGCAGUUUCUUUUAUUUUUACACUAUUGAUACAGUAUGAUUUGUAGAAGUUCUACCCAUGGUGGUGUCUAAUUAACAUAACUUUUUGUGAUUCAUCAUGUCACUGUUACCUUUGAACGAUCUCCCAACGGUCAUCUUGUGAUGUUGUAUUGUUCAAGACACUAUGAGCUCGACAGAGGGGAGCUAUAUACCAACAAGAGGCUUUAUUGUGUAUAUAUAUGUAGAAAGUGUGAAAACAAGGGAUGGAAGGACCACAACUUUUGGUGAAAGUGACGUUCUUUAACAUUAUUUAAUAUCUGUUAAAAGUGAAUGAAUGUAUUCUGUAAUGGGCGAAUAUGCAAUGAAGGGCAAUGAUAAGGAAUUGGGAGUCGAUUUCGGUGAUGAUUAUAUGAUAUGUGAAGGGAUUCUAUGGUUAAUUUGCUGUCCCUGAGUAAAUUAUUUAAAAGUGAGUAAAAGAAUCUCAGUAUUUAUUUUAUUGCUCGACAUUUGUCAUAUUUGUCUACUGUGUGCGUCAGUAAGAAAGAAAGAAAGUGAGUGCUUCCAUUUGAACGGGUUUUUUUAUUUUACAAAUUGGUUUAAUGUUUUUUCUGGGUAGUUAUGCACUUACAUAUUAAAAGUGCACAGUCCUUGGAAGGUACUGUAUGAUAUCAGUCAAUGUAAAGGAUUAAAGUGCACUUUUGGGAUAAAAACACAGUUUCCUAAUGGGUAUUCAUUAAUGGAUUGAAUUCAAUGGCAUUGAUAUUUGAUUGAAGUGUUUAAAAUAAUUUAAGAAGAUACAUGCACUUAAAAUGACCACAUGCAUGAAAUCUGUUGAGGUGCUGAACAAAUUAAAGGGGCAUGUAAACCCAAUUCGGAUAUUACAGAUGUGCUGAUGCUGAAAUGUUGGAUUAAGUCGGAAAUGUGUUUGCUUUAACAUGAGGAAACUGUCAGCGUAUGUUGUCAGUUCUUAGGCAUGUAAGAAGGUUGUAUGAGAGAAUAAAUGUAAUUAAAAAUGAA